AUGGCUGAUGGAACCGUCGACACCGCGAUAAGCGCAAUUGAGACGGCUGACCUGACUGCUAUCGAACAUAAGAUUCUCGUAAAUUUCGUUAAAGAGGCAUAUGAACCUAGCCUGGCGGCACAGGAGGUCCUCGACAGGAUACGUGGCGAUGACCGGCCGGUGGAAGAGGCUUUGCGCGUCCUCAAACAGGACUGGCAUGAGCUGGUAGCUGUCAUCUCUCACCAAACGCCAUUUGAUGCUUCCCUUAGAGACCUGGUUGCUCGUCGCGAUCCUGCCAGGUGUUGCGUAACCCCACCUGACCGCCAACAGCUCGAUGAACCGGAACCAACGUUUAUUAUCCCGCCCGCUCUAUCAGAGCUGGUAGAUGCGGAUGGAGCUGAGUCGCUGCUGGACGCGUUCAUGACGCCGUCGAGAGUGGCGCGGUUGCAGAACAUGGUUUCAGACAGAACCGAUCCGGGGAAACUUGCAAACGCAUUGCUUCUUGCACCAAGCGUACAGCACGCCUUUAAAAACGGGCAUCUCCAGGUUCGGAUCCACGGUGCGAAGAGUUGGGACAAGCUUGAUGAGGAUACAGGCAAGGACGACUUGACGGCUAAGUACUUCAUUUUUGAAAUAUAUCCAGAACCUUAUGAUCAUAUCCUUCUUGCUGAUAGAUCAUCGUUCUGCGGCCCUGGCUCCCCUUACACAAUCGCUCUACAGACCGAGGAUCCAAAGCAGCUCCCUCUACCAAGCCCCUUUCUCCUCAAGACGCAUUUCAAGUUUGCCAACGCCCUCCAUCAGUUCCAUGUUGAGGAGCGCAUAUCUGGCGGCUGGGGCCCUCUACAAUCCCAAUGCGAGUUCACCUCAUACUUCAGUCGCAGCACGCAACUCAUAGUCCGCACCCUCUGGCUCCUCGUACCAAAAUUCAUCCGCAUAACCUGCUACCGCCAUCUCCUCGAAAAAGGAAAAUCCAAAUACGGCCACGACAUCUCCGACGUCGUGCAGCAGCUCCCCUUUGGCCUCUACGCAAAGCGCUGCACCAUAGCCGGAGACAACGAAGUCCACGCCCUCCGCACCCUCGAGCGCGAAGCCCCUUCCAUCCUUGCCCCCCUCCUCAUCGACACCUUCACCGACGACUCAGUCGACUGGUUCAUCAUGACCCGCGUCCCCGGCACGCGCCUCGAGAGCGUCAUCCACCGCACCUCGUAUGCCGAGCGCGCGCAGCUCGCCGCCGACCUGUCUAAUAUUCUCGCUCAAAUGCACAAGAUCAAGAACACGUCGCCAUAUCGCUACUCCAAUGUCUCCGGUGGAUCUAUCUACGACAACCGCCUCUCAGAUAAUGCGGGCCCGUACAACUCAGAGGGAGACCUGAAUAUGCGCCUCUUAGGUAGGACCGAGUUUAUGAAGUACCUGACGGAUGAGAUCCCGACUGCGUUUUCGCGGUCCCAUGACUCGGUGUUUACGCAUGGAGAUCUCUUCUUCUCUAAUGUGCUCGUGGAUGGGGGACGGUUGUCGGGGAUUGUGGAGGGCGCGUCUUUCAUGCCGGCGUACUGGGAGUUUACGAAAGCAAUGCGGACGGCGAAGAGUGACGAGGCUGUAGGGAUUUAUCGGGGGGUGUGGGGACAUGAGUUUGAUCUGGAGCUGAAGACGGAGAGGUGGAUUUGGAAAGUAUUUCCGUAUGGGUCAUGAGUUUAAUGUGGAGUUGGACAUGAGGGGGGUAACUUUUUAAUUCAGGGGUGAGCGAGAGGGAGUUUAGCGCUUGGAGUUGGAUAAUGGAGAAGCGGUUCGGAAACUUUCAUUGUAGUGUCAUGUCAUAG